AUGUCGCGUUUGGGGUUGCCAGUGAGAGUGGAAUGGGAUGUGGUGGUGAUUGCCAAGAUACUCAAAAUAGAGAAAAAACCCAAACGGUGUUCCUUCUACCGCACAAAAAAACUAACGCCCUCUCUCUCUCUCUCUCUCUCUCUCAACCCUGAAUACCCCUCUCUCUCUCUCUCUCUAUCUCUCUCUCUCAUCGCCAGCAGCAGCAGCAGCCAGCGCCCAGCUUCGCCGUCGCGAAACUCUUCUCCUCAUCCAGCGUCCAGCCCCCCGUCGCUAUCCUCUUCUCCUGGAUCCCUGCGGUUGGCAUCGCCAGGUCUGCUCGGAGCUGCGGUUGGCGUCGCCGCCGUCGUCGUCGGCCACCCUGAACUUGUGUCUCUGUCUUCGUCGUCGAGCCCCCCUCUCUCUGUCCGAGUUCACUUUCCCUCCUCCCUCGCCGUCACUUCCCUUCCUCCCUCGCCGCCUUUUUGGAUUCUCUGGCUUUGGAUGAUUUUGGAUGCUGAGAAGUUUUUGGAUUCUGAGUUUUUGUUGAAUACUUUAUUAGUAUUGAGGAUACAAAUGUAAUAAAAUAAGAUUUGCUUCAAGAAAGAGCGAAAGAAGAGAAGUUAGACUUUUGAUUAGUUAGUUAUUCUGUUUCAGGUCAAUAGCUUCCAUAUAUAUACAAACCUUAUAUUUGGAAGUGUGAUUUAAUUCUUAGUUCAAACUAAUAUGAUCAGUGUAUUGAUUCUUAAUAAUUCUGUUUUCAAUUCUAUCUAUGAAUUCUUUU